CAGAGCUAUAUCCAUGGGGCAAGGGCAGGAAGUGCAUGCAAGGAAGCUUGUUAAGACGUCAAUGACGCAUGGGGGCUGGGCCCUUCUGCAAAAUUGCCAUCUGGGCCUGGAGUUUAUGGAGGAGUUGCUGGAAACCAUUACAACUGCUGAGACCAUGCAUGAUUCCUUCAGGGUUUGGAUCACCACAGAGCCAAAUGAGUUUUUCUCCAUCACACUACUACAGUCUUCCAUCAAGUUUACCAACGAUCCACCCCAAGGAAUUCGUGCUGGUUUGAAACGUACAUUUGCAGGGAUUUCCCAGAACCAGUUGGAAGUCAGCAACCUGCCCAUGUGGAAGCCAAUGCUGUACAGUGUGGCAUUUCUACACACUGCUGUGCAG